CGUGCAAGACCACAACUCCAACUCGCAUCCACAACAAGACAUUGCAGGAAGCGCACCAACAUGGUCGUUCUUGCCGCGUCCAUCACGACCCGAAGCGGGAAGCCGCUGCUUUCUCGACAGUUCCGCCCCAUCCCACGCUCGCGCAUCGACGGCUUGCUCGCGUCGUUCCCCAAGCUCAUCCCUGCCAACUCGCAGCACACGACCGUCGAGACCAACGAUGUGCGCUUUGUGUACCAGCCCUUCGAGGAGCUGUUUGUGCUCCUGAUCACGAACAAGGGCAGCAACAUCCUGCAGGACAUUAACACGCUGUCGCUGGUAGUGCGCCUCAUCUCGUCGCUGACCCCGGCGAUGACCGAGGCCGCGAUUCUGCACCACGCGUUCGACCUGCUGUGCGCGUUCGACGAGGUCGUCUCGCUCGGCUACAAGGAGAACGUGUCGCUGCAGCAGGUGCGGAGCGUGCUUGAGGGCGAGUCGCACGAAGAGAAGAUCCAGGAGAUCAUCGCGCGCAACAAGGAGGCCGAGGCGAAGGAGGAGCUGAAGCGUCGCGCCAAGCAGCUCGAGAUGCAGCGUCGUGAGCAGCAGCGCCUCGCGCAGGCAUCGCGUCACGGGGGCAUGGGCGGCGGCAUGGGGGGGAUGGGCGGCGGAUACGGGGGCAUGGCCGGCGGAUACACGCCUGUCGCGUCGACGCCGCGCUUCGAGGCGCCGCAGCAGGACUACCGCACAUCGUCGCCUGCACCAGCAGCGUCCAAGCCAGUGUUCAAGGGUAGCGGCAUGAAGCUCGGCAAGAAGGGGCGCCAGAAUGACCUCAUGUCGGCGCUCGGCAACGAGGUCGAGCUGGAGCCAGAGCCGGAGCCGGAGCCGGAGCCAGAGCCGGAAGUCGCCGUGUCCGCCGAUGUCCUCGACGCAGUGGAGAAGGAGAGCGUGCACGUCACGAUCAAGGAGGAGCUGUCGGUCACGAUGCACCGUGACGGCGGGUUGGAGAACUUUGAGCUGAAGGGUGACCUGGAUCUGCGCAUCGCCGAUGCCGACCAGGCCAAGCUCAAGCUCACACUCACACCCAACGACUACUCGGACCUUCAGUUCCGGCAGCACCCCAACGUUGCCAAGUUUGCGCCCAAAGGAGACAAGAUCAUUGCGCUCAAGGAUGCGACCCGCUCCUUCCCUGUCGGGCAGGGCCUCAAGGUCCUCCGGUGGAGAUUGGCGAGCAAAGACGAGAGCAAUGUGCCUAUCACCAUCACGGUGUGGCCGCAGGGCCGGGGCGACGGCUCGUCGGACGUCGCGAUCGAGUACGAGCUCGAGGCGCAGCACCUGACGAUCCGGAACCUCGUCAUCUCGAUCCCGAUUCCGCCCAACGCCCUCCCCGUCGUCGCGGACAGCGACGCCAACUGGAGCGCGGACCGCGGCGCGUUCACCUGGACGAUCGACCAGGUCGACGCGGACGCGCCGAGCGGCUCGCUCGAGUUCCGCUGCGAGGGCGACGCCGACGCCUUCUUCCCCGUCAACGUGGGCUUUGCUGCCGCCGGCUCGCUCGCCAACAUUGAUGUCGCGACCGCGCAGCUGCUCGCAGGCGGCGACGCCACGUUCUCCCAGGAGAAGGUGCUCACGGUGGACAAGUACGAGAUCGUCUAGGCAUAGGCCUGGGCUAGAGUGUAGCGGCAAGAUACAGACACAGAUGCACAGGAUUGGAUAGCG